CUCCCGCUGCCUCCCGGAGGCUCGGCGCUGCGCUCCACCUCGCGCCCCCUCUCCUCCGUCCCGGGCUCGCGCUGCCCUCCCCGCGCCUGCCCCCUCCCCGGCCCCUCCCUCCGCCUCCGCGCUCGGCGCUCGCAGAGCCGACUCCGGGGGGCUCUCGAUGUAGCACCAUGACAGGCAUCGCCGCCGCCUCCUUCUUCUCCAACACCUGCCGCUUCGGGGGCUGCGGACUCCACUUCCCCACGCUGGCCGACCUCAUCGAGCACAUCGAGGACAACCACAUCGAUACAGAUCCACGUGUUUUAGAGAAGCAAGAACUGCAGCAGCCGACCUACGUUGCCCUCAGUUACAUUAAUAGAUUCAUGACAGAUGCUGCACGCCGAGAACAGGAGUCCCUGAAGAAGAAGAUUCAGCCGAAGCUUUCACUGACCCUGUCCAGCUCCGUGUCUCGAGGAAAUGUGUCCACUCCACCACGUCAUAGCAGCGGGAGCCUUACGCCCCCUGUGACCCCGCCCAUCACUCCCUCCUCUUCAUUCCGCAGCAGCACUCCAACAGGCAGCGAGUAUGACGAGGAGGAGGUGGACUAUGAGGAGUCAGACAGCGAUGAGUCCUGGACCACAGAGAGUGCCAUCAGCUCCGAAGCAAUCCUCAGCUCCAUGUGCAUGAAUGGAGGAGAAGAAAAGCCUUUUGCCUGCCCAGUUCCCGGAUGUAAAAAGCGCUACAAGAAUGUGAACGGCAUAAAAUACCACGCUAAGAAUGGCCACCGAACGCAGAUCCGCGUCCGCAAACCAUUCAAAUGUCGGUGUGGGAAGAGUUACAAGACCGCUCAGGGCCUGCGACACCACACAAUCAACUUCCACCCCCCGGUGUCGGCAGAGAUGAUCAGGAAGAUGCAGCAGUGACGUGCUGGUCAGAACUGUGCCAAGAAACCCUCACCAGCAGUCGCUGAUUUUGAAAACAGCCACCUUUUUCAGGGGACGCACUCAGCGACCCUUUAAUGAGAAAUAAUUAAAUGCAUGCUUUAAACUUUUCUGUAAUUUUGGAAUGAUGUCUCUUUGUAGAGUUGAUGAUUUUGUACAUUUGCACAUGUAAUCAUCACACCCAUCUCCAUUACUUCGAUAUAAGGUGCUAAACGAGAAAGCUCUAGGUUCCUCAGCACAUUUCCCCCAAAACAAAAUUAAGGGCAUGUUGCAUACUGUGCAGUCACACCACAGUGAUGUUAACUGGGAGUAGAGGGGCUGGUACUGAGAUGCUUUUCAAGAUUGUAAUGUGAUUGAAGCUUUUCAACACAUCAACUCACAUAAAACCAAAAUAAUACCUUCAUUAUCAAACUGGUUACCAUGCCUUACAUAAUGGAGUUAGUAUUUGUGAGUAGAAAGACUUUAGGUAAUGGAAAUAUAAAUAAGAAUGUUUAACAUAAUAUGCUAAAAAUAUUUUCAUAUUUAAAUAACAUGCAUAAAAGGUGUGUUUUGUUUUGUUUAAUUAUCAUCUUGCCCUUUAAGAAGCUAAAACUCUUGCCCUUGAACUUACCAAUCACUUUAGUGUUCUAAACGGCAUCUUUGCGCAAGCCUCAGUUCACUCACUGAUAGCACACUCACUGAGUGCCUGCUGGGUGCAAGAGACUGAUUUAUACUAAUGUUACUAUGGACCAAGAUCCCAGGGUCUAAAAUACUUUCCCCUGAAUUCUGUUAAGAAACACUUUGGAAACUUAAGUGCAAAUUGUGUGUGUGUGAAACUCAGUUACAGCUUCAUCAACGAUGAGGUUCUCAAGCACUUUGUAGUUCUCGAUUGCCAACAAUUUUAUGUUUAUAUGUUGCCAAUUCUUGCAACUAUUGCCCUAAGAGAUCUGUGGGGCGCAAGCUGAAAUAAAACGGAGACAUGUCUGAAAGAGGAACAUCGUCCUAAGACCCCUAGUGCCCCUUUUCGUGCUCAGUUUUGACUUCUUUUAAAGGCACUUUCCCAUCACAUUGUAGAUGUCUGCAUUUUCAUUAGAAAUGUCUGUUUAGCUUUAGAAAACAUUUUGCCAGAAUAUGAAAAUAAGCCUUACUGACAAUUAAGUGCUUCUUGCAGCAGGUGGUCAACGGAGAGUGAUAUACAGCCCACUAGUGACCGAUCUGGACCAUUCCUCAAGUUUCUCUCACCGACAGUACCAUCAUGUGUUGAGUGUUCUUUUAUCCCAAGUGCUAUUCUUUAAACACAGGAGUUUACCGAUUGCCUAGUAUGCAAUAAAAGUUGCUUUGACACAGGACUACACAGGACAAACUGGUGAAAAGCAAACUCAGAUCCCCUCUAAAAGAACUUUUCCCAUCUGAUGAAAUCUUACACACAGCUAGAAAGUAGUGGUUCCUUGCUCAGCUUUCCACAUUGUGAAAUGACAAUUCUGUUGAACAGAUGGGUAAGCUGCAUUCCCAAAUGGUAAAUCCCUCAUGGAGGGGGAUUUCCAAGUAUUUAUAAAGAUGUUGCCCACCAAAAACGUCCUCAGCUCUGAAAAGUGGUCUCGGUCCUGAUUAUAAGUGUUAGCCCACAGGCCGUUAAAGGGUGAUCCAGAACUGAGAGUCAACUAGCUGGUGCAGAAGGCCCUGCUCGCUCCAUACCUACCUACAACAGUUGACCAAAAAGUUUUAGGCCAGCAAUUAUUAGUUAGCUUUGCUCUUUCUAGUGUGAGACACUGCAGGCUGGAUCAGUAGUUCAGCGUUCAGCAGCCACAGUCAUAAAAACAGUUGUCGUGCAUGUUAACUCUCUUUCAGUGAUAAACCAAACCGUUUCUACUUCUGCAUUGUGACAGUAUUACUCAGCAGGUAAGGAUGGGGUAUUUUGUUACACCGUGUAUAGUGAAUGUAUUGUACCGUGUCUGUGAAAACUGUGCUUUAAAUUAUAUUUUCAUAUGUUUUGUUGGGGACAGAGCACAUUAAGUCUGAAAGAAACAAAAGUAUUAGAACUGAAGGCAAUUUACUCAAAAUUUCUGUCAAGAAAAGCUGCUUAAUAAAUGUACAUGAAAUUACAUUUAAAAUAAACUGCCUCUGAC